AUGGAGCCGGGGGAGGAGCCGCGUCCUCCCCAGGACCGGGGUGACGGGGACGUCCCCACAGAGCCCUGUGCAGGUGCCGCGGUGCCGGCCCGCAGUGGUGGUCGCCCACGUGGCUUCAUCAACCUGCUGGGUCUCCUGGAGGGCGGCAGGUCAACGCCGAAGCCCUACCGCUGCACCGAGUGCGGGAAGACCUUCGGGCAGAGCUCCAACCUGAUUGAGCACCAGCGGACCCACACGGGCGAGCGACCCUUCACCUGCGGCCAAUGCGAGAAGAGCUUCAGCCGGAGCUCCACCUUGGCCGAGCACCUCCGGACCCACACCGGCGAGAAGCCCUACGCCUGCCCGGUAUGCGCCCGCGCCUUCAGCCGCAGCUCCACCUUGACCGAGCAUCGCCGCACCCACACCGGCGAGACGCCCUACGCCUGCCCCGAGUGCGGGAAGACCUUCGGACGGACCUCCAACCUGGUCAAGCAUCUCCGGACCCACACCGGGGAGAAACCCUAUGGCUGUGGACGCUGCGGGAAGACCUUCAGCCUCAGCUCCAACCUGGUCAAGCACGAGAGGACCCACACGGGGGAGAAGCCCUUCUCCUGUGGGCAAUGCGGGAAGCGCUUCAAGAAGAAGACCCACUUGGCGUCCCACCAACGGACCCACACCGGUGAGCGGCCCUACCGGUGCGGGGAGUGCGGGAAGGCCUUCGGGCAGAGCUCCACCCUCAUCGAGCACCAGAGGACCCACACGGGUGAACGACCCUUCCGCUGCGGCGCUUGCGGCAAGAGCUUCUGCGCCUUCUGCGUCAGCUCCACCCUGGUCAAGCACCAACGCAUCCACACCGGCGAGAAGCCCUACGGCUGCGGGCGCUGCGGCAAGCGCUUCCGCUACAAGCCCCAGUUCACCCGUCACCUGAAGGUCCACCCCGACGAGGAUCCGGCGUGUGGCCCGUAG